CCGGGCCUGGCGGAUUGUGAUGAUAAUAUAAUAAAUACGGCGCCGGCCGUGGCCUCCUUCCUCCUCCUGAGGGCCAAGAACCAACCCUAGCCGCACCAAGGACCAACAAGCCAAGAUCCAUAGUCGCCGUUGACCGAAGAUGGCGAUGGCGGCUCUCCGAUGCGCCGCCGGAAGGAGGCUCGCCGGUGGCGGCCGCCUUCUACCGCCGGCGCUCAGCCGGCCUAGCCCCGCCGCUCCCGGCUUGGGCCGCCCGAAUCUCACGCUCACGCAGGCCUUGUCAUCGCACGGGAAAGAAGAAGCCGGGAGGGAGGUCCUGGAGCAGAUCCAGGACAAGAAGGAGAGGCUCUACGACCUCAUCCUGCGCCACGGCUAUAAGCGCAACGACGGCUCCAUGUGCUACUCAAACGUUCAGCUCAUGCACCAUCUCUCGGCGCACAUCAAACCUAGGCCCCAAAGCAUCGCCUGGCGUUACCUUCGCAAAGUUCAUAGCCUCUAUAUUCUCUGGAUGUGCUUAAGCCCUGGCGUAAGCGCUAAAGUCUUGUGGAGAAUUGGUUCUGUUUCCUUGACUAUCCUCUGA